AUGACGUCACCAAAGGAAAGCAGUGACGUUAUCGAUUUCAAAGAAGAAAGGGCAAUAUCUACAGAGCCAAAGGACUUAACAGACCUUCCUCCUAGCGGUACAUCUUUACACAAGCGGCGGAGGGGUGAACCUCCCGCCACGUUGACCGUCAAGUCCCCGCAAACUCCAUCCGAUGCUGAGGGAUCCUCGCCUUGCACUGCCGGUCCUACACCACCCGACGAAUCCUGGGGAAUACCCGACGAUACCGACGUCGAAGGAAUCUGUGAUCGUAUGUUACAGAGGCUUAAGGAUAAAGAUGAUCCUGCUUCAAAAUGCGGAAAAGAUAUCGCAAAGCGAACCAAAGAUACUCUUGAAGCCCUUGAUCAUUUAGAAAAACUGUUACAACUUCUGAAUCAAUUUGUAAACUUAAAGGAGAAAAACAAUAAAAUUAUCAAAAGAUUGAAUGACGUCAACAGUCUGAUACGGCUGCACAAUGCGUAUAAACGGAUAGAUCAAGAGAAUGAGAACUUAAAGAAUGAAAGUAGAGAAAUAGAACUUAUAAAUGAGGCAUUGGACGCAGAACUAGAAUGCGAGUAUGGCCAGGCACUGUUUGACUCUAUUUUAGGGCGAACGAUGAAAAGGUCAGGGUCGAAGUGGAAGAGUCAUGGAAGAUUUGGUGGAUCAUUGUUGAGAAAACAACGAUCCAGGUCAGCAGGUGGUGAAGAUAGUGACGCGCCGCUAGGGAUGCCCCUCAGGAGGAGAUCGGAUGGUGUUUUUCCUAAAGAAGUAGAAAAGUCAAAAGUGUCGAACUGGACUAGAGUGAAGUCUGCUUUUAAAUGGGAAAAAGCACAAUGGCCGACUUCUACAAUUGGAGGAGUGGCAGCGGUAGCAGCAGGGGCAAUGGUAGGUGCUGUCGCCCUCACUGGAUCCUCUCCAUCCGCUCCAGGUUUACCCAACCCCGAACCAAGGGAUUCUGCCAGUUUGACACCAGGAAGUGCUAUGUCAUUAACUCCCAAUUCUUCUUGUGAAGAGUUGAGAUUGGAGUCAGGUAUGUCAAGAAAAAACCCAAUGCUAAGGUUGGAUGAUAACGAUAACUCGUUUUUACAUGCACCAAUGCAAGAUGAUAGUUCAACUUCCCCAUCUCCUAACAAGCUUCAUAAAAGCCGGUGGGGUAAAAUGCGGAAUAUCAUACAGACACACAAGGAGUCUGUGAAGAAGAAGCGACCCCCAAAGUCACCAGAUCUAGUUCCUGGGAGACGAAGAUCCUUCAGCGAUGGCGGGGAUAGCGAUGCUCCACCCGCCUUGACUCUCACGAUUCCGUCAUCAGAAGAACUUGAGUCCGAAGGACCCCAGCCGGCGCUUCGCAAGCAGAGGUCACUAGAGCUUGGUGCUAGGCCUCCGCCGCGCCCAAGAGACUCUAAAUGGAGUCGUGUCAAAAGAGCCUUCCUCACACAUGCAGCCUCCGCCUCCGUACCUUCAAGUCCUAGUAGACACUCUGCAUUCUUCACUGACCCAGGUAGGUAA